GAGGAGCAGCAGAGAAAAGCUGCACUACCAGCAGCACCAGCAGUUUUGUUCUUCACCACACCUGUGAUGUUCUGAGCCGCACCGCCAGGAUGGCCACGCCACGGCGCUAGGAUUUUCCUGCUGAGGAAAAGGCGAUAAGUGUUCCAGUCAGAGGACACUAAGCUCUGGACCCUAAAACACCCCCUCUCCGCGGCCGUCCUUCAUCUCUCCUCCCCGCCCUUUGAAUCUUAUGUGAUAAUAACAAUUAAAAACAAACAAACAAAAAUCUUCACGAAGAUGCCCGCACUUCUGAGUCUCUUUGUCCGCCGUGGCUCCAGCGCUGCGCUCUGUUUCUUCUGCUUCUUCUUCUUCGCUGGUUUCACCUGCACCGGUUCCGAGCACACCGCCACAGCAACACUUCCCGCUGCUUUCUCAGACCUCUUACCUCACUUCUUGGUGGAGCCGGAGGACGAGUACAUCGUGAAAAACAAGCCAGUCACUCUGACCUGCCGAUCCACACCUGCCACCCAGAUCUACUUCAAGUGUAAUGGCGAGUGGGUUCACCAGGAUGACCAUUUGAUUGAGCGGAGUGUUGACCCAGCCACAGCGUUGCCUGUUAUGCAAGUGACGAUUGAAAUCACAAGGCAGCAGGUGGAGAACAUCUUCGGCCUGGAUGAGUACUGGUGUCAGUGCGUCGCCUGGAGCACCACUGGAACCCAGAAAAGCCAAAAAGCAUACAUCAGGAUUGCCUACCUAAGAAAGAACUUUGACGAGGAGCCCCAGGGCACAGAGGUGGCAUUGGACCAGGAGGUGUUACUGCGCUGCCAUCCCCCCGAGGGCGUUCCACAAGCCGAGGUGGAGUGGCAGAGAAAUGAGGAUGUGAUCGAUCCAGAGAGUGACCCCAAUUUUUUCAUCACGGGUGACCAUAAUCUCAUCAUUAAGAAAGCCCGCCUGGCAGACACGGGCAACUACACCUGUGUGGCCAAAAAUAUUGUUGCUCGCCGUAAAAGCACCUCGGCCACUGUCCUCAUCUACGUCAAUGGCGGCUGGUCCACAUGGACCACCUGGUCGUCCUGCAGCGCCGUGUGUGGGCGUGGCUGGCAGAAGAGGAGUCGGAGCUGUACCAACCCCACCCCGUUGAAUGGAGGCACAUCCUGUGAAGGGCAGAACGUCCAGAAAAGUGCCUGCGUGGCCACCUGUCCAGUGGAUGGCGGCUGGAGUGAGUGGAGUAAAUGGUCAGCGUGCGGCGAGGACUGUUCAAUGUGGAGGAGCAGGGAGUGCACACAGCCUUCUCCUGGCACAGGGGGCAAAGAUUGCCAAGGUGUCGACCUCCAGUCACUUAACUGUACUAGUGAACAGUGCCCGCAGACUGUGUCCGGGACCGAGGAUGUGGCACUCUACGUGGGCAUUGUGGCAGUGGCUCUGUGUCUGACUCUGCUGCUGAUCGUGGUGGUGCUGGUCUACCGGCGUAAGAAGGAAGGCCUGGACGCCGACGUAGCCGACUCCUCCAUCCUCACCACUGGCUUCCAGCCCAUGGGCAUCAAGCCCAGUAAGCCAGGUGUGUGGGCACCGCGGCCACGCAGGCCUCUCCCCCACAGCAAGAAUUCCCAUUUGCUUACUAUCCAGCCUGAUCUAACCACUACUACCACCAGUUACCAGGGCACCCUGCGCUCGCGUCAUGACACUAGUGGAAAGUUUUCAAUGACCAACGGGCCCCUUCUGGACCCUCUUCCUAAUGGUUCCCACACCCUGCACAAUGGCAAGCUUAACUCUGAUCCUGCUGAGUUUGUGAGCAGGUUGUCCACUCAGAGCUACUUUAAAACGAUGCCCCAUGAUGUAGCCAACACCUCUUAUGGAACAUUCAACUUUCUGGGAGGGAGGCUAACCAUCCCCAACACAGGAAUCAGUCUGCUCAUUCCUCCCGAGGCCAUCCCCAGAGGAAAGAUCUAUGAGAUUUAUCUCACUGUUCAGAGGAAGGAAGAUUUAAGGUUGUCCCUGGCCGGUUGCCAGACUCUGCUCAGUCCCAUUGUGAGUUGUGGUCCUCCUGGGGUGGUCUUGAGCCGGCCAGUUAUUCUCAGCAUGGACCACUGCUCAGAUGCAUGUCUCGAUAACUGGGCCAUCCAUCUCAAGAAGCUAAACUACGAGGGUGCUUGGGAGGACGUCCUUCUGAUGGGGGAAGAGCUGGUUUCAGACCCCUAUUACUGCCAGCUGGAGGCCGAGACAUGCCGGUUGUUCUCAGAGCAGCUGGGCAGCUUUGCACUGGUGGGAGAAUCCCUACACUUGGGCGCUGCCAAGCGCCUGAGGCUGGUGCUCUUCUCUGACGCAUACUGCUCCACGCUGGAGUACAACAUCAGGGUCUACUGCAUGGACGACACACAGGACGUCUUCAAGGAGGUGAUGCAGAUGGAGCGGCAGCUCGGCGGUCGACUGAUUGACGAGCCACACGUCCUGCUUUUCAAAGACAGCUACCACAACCUGCGCUUGUCCAUCCAUGACAUGCCCCAGACGCACUGGAGGAGCAAGCUGUUAGCCGGCUACCAGGAGAUUCCAUUCUACCACAUCUGGAACGGUUCCCAGCGGUACCUGCACUGCACGUUCAGUCUGGAGCGGCUCAGCCUCAGCACCUGCGAGCUCACCUGCCAACUGUGUGUGUGGCAGGUGGAAGGGGAGGGCCAGAGCUUCAGCCUCGACUUUAACAUCGCCAAGGACACCCGAGCUGUGGACUCUGAGUUUCUGUUAAUGGACAGUAACGCCACAGCCCUGGCAGGACCGAGCGCCUUUCAGAUCCCGUACCUCAUCAGGCAGAAGAUCUGCAGCAGCCUGGACACCCCCUGUCCCAACGGAGCCGACUGGAGAAUGCUAGCACAAAGACUUAAACUUGAGAGACAUAUGAGUUUCUUUGCAUCCAAAGCGAGCCCAACCUCUGUGAUUCUGGACCUGUGGGAGGCGCAACAUUUCCACAGCGGGAACAUCAACCAGCUGGCCACUGUCAUGGCUGACAUCGGCAAACAAGAAGCCAUGAUAUUCCUGGUCUCUGAUGGCGAGUGCUAACCCAGAAAGGACAGACUGGUCGAGAGGAAAGUUAAUACAAAACGACACUCGUAACAAUCGUAACUGCAGCAGGAUUAGAAGUGCAGCGCUGUCCCAAUGUUCACUUAAAGGAUACUAAACGGUUAAUACAGGUGUCACUCCCAUUUUUGUGUAAAAUAAUUUUAAAGAAACUAAAACGAAAGACCAAAUGAAGGGAAAGAUGGAGUGUGAGGGUGUGAAAAUUUUACUCCUGUUAGCAACACAGUGAAGCAGACCUGAAAAUUCCC